AACAUUUUCUGAAUCCGAACAGAGGAGUAGCAAAACUCUUCGUUCAGAGUACCCGUUCCAGUUUCCAAGUGUUCAAAGAAGGUGAGUGAUGAGCAUGGAGCAUUUGCCACGAGAAUUGGUGUCCAACGUGCUCUCCAGGUUGCCAGCGAAGGUGUUGCUGCUAUGCAAGUGUGUGUGCAACUCCUGGUUCGAUCUCAUAACCGAUCCUCAUUUUGUUUCCAAUUACUAUGUUGUCUACAACAGUCUCCAGAGCCAAGAGGAGCAUCUCUUGGUGAUCCGGAGACCCUUUUUCUCUGGCCUCAAAACUUACAUUUCUGUUCUUUCUUGGAACACCAAUGACCCCAAAAAGCACGUUUCUUCUGAUGUUUUAAACCCUCCCUAUGAAUACAACUCUGACCACAAAUACUGGACCGAAAUCUUGGGUCCUUGCAAUGGCAUAUACUUUCUUGAAGGCAAUCCCAAUGUCUUGAUGAACCCUUCAUUGAGGGAGUUCAAGGUUUUGCCUGAAUCCCAUUUUACUAGCCCACAUGGGACUUACACAUUCACUGAUUAUGCUGGCUUUGGCUUUGACCCCAAAACCAAUGACUACAAAGUUGUAGUGCUCAAAGACCUUUGGUUUAAGGAAACAGAUGAAAGACAACUUGGGUAUUGGAGUGCUGAGUUGUAUAGCCUCAAUUCAAACUCUUGGAGAAAACUUGAUCCCUCUCUUCUCCCUCUUCCAAUUGAAAUCUGGGGUUCUUCUCGGGUUUUCACUUACGCAAACAAUUGUUGCCACUGGUGGGGCUUUGUUGAAGAGUCUGAUGCAACACAAGAUGUUGUUCUAGCAUUUGAUAUGGUCAAAGAAUCGUUUAGGAAGAUAAGGGUGCCAAAAAUUCGCGAUUCUUCAGAUGAAAAGUUUGGAACUUUGGUACCCUUUGAAGAAUCUGCUUCAAUUGGGUUCCUUGUUUACCCUGUGAGGGGAACAGAGAAGCGCUUUGACGUGUGGGUGAUGAAGGAUUAUUGGGACGAAGGGUCUUGGGUGAAGCAAUACAGCGUUGGACCCGUGCAAGUGAUUUACAAGCUUGUGGGGUUUUAUGGGACUAAUCGAUUUUUCUGGAAGGACAGCAACGAAAGAUUGGUUCUUUAUGAUUCGGAGAACACAAGGGAUCUUCAGGUUUAUGGAAAGCAUGAUUCUAUAAGGGCUGCUAAGUACACAGAAAGUCUUGUUUCGCUUCAUAGGGGAAAUGAGUUUAGUCACAAGUGUUUUUCGUGUAGUUUGGUUCCAGACCCUCUGCUACAUGAUACUGAAUAUCUUGUUUCAUUUUAAUUUUGAUCAAUUUUAUAUUUUUGAACUUUAAAAAAAAUAAUGAUUUUUGUCCUUUUUAAGGUGAAAAUGGUUUAUGAUGAGGGAUGAAAAUUACUUUUUUUUUUUAAGUUCAGAAAUUAAAUUGAUCAAAAUAAAAAUAUAAGGAUUAAUACUAAUUUUUAGUUAAAGUACACGACUAAAAACAUGUAUUAACCUAAACUAUGUUGGUCUUAGUCUGAGACUAUGUUUUUGGUUUGCUGUGUUGCUAGUAGAUCAGCCUUGUUAGUUAGUUGUCACACAUUGCUGUAAUGGGCUGAUUACAUAAUUAGAUAAAUGUCAUCUUUCUUUUUCAAAUUAUGUGCUGGAGAUCUACUGUGAUAGAACUUAUAUUUUUGGAUUAAAUAUGUU